UUUUCAGAGAAUCUCCGAUUCCGAUGGAACCUUACUGGACUAAAACUGUUGAUUUGAUUCGCUUUUGGGGCUUUUGCGUCGACUUCCGAUUGUGUUUGUCAAAAGUUAGUUCCCAGAACAACAAACAGAUGGUUAUAUUUACAUCGAAUUCUUGCUCAAGUGGGAAGCGAAGCGGUUUUCCUGGGUUGGGGGGACUGCAAUUUUAAGCUGAAGGCAGCAUUAGCCGUACCGUUUAUUGUGGACAACUAACACUUUUCAACAGCCUUUUCUUAGUAAAACCAAAUCUUCAUGAACGUAUGGGUAGUUCUGAUAUUUCUAACAUUGCUGAUGAACUUAUUGGUUUUGAAGAAUCUUGGAAUGGAAAAGCCCAAAAGUAUUUACCUGGUUGGUCUGAGAGUUUUAUUGGCCAUGAUACCAUAGGGGCUAACAGCAGUGGACAGAACAUGCAGGCAUGUCAGAGAGGAUGGGCACUUCCCUCUACUGAGCAUUCUCAGUCGAAAGAGAGGGUGAUGCCGGAUGCAAGAGACGGGGGAGGGCCCUCAUGCAGCCAGCACUGUGCAAGGAUGAAAGGAUCAACAGAUUUGGAAGAUGAGAGUUCCCGCACUCAAGGGAAGCGAAGGGCCUAAGUCGAAACACACCGACUAGAUCCUGUAGUAGAGGGCAUUGCCUUUUCUCAUAUAUAUAGUUUUGUAUGCUUGGCUGUUGCCAUCUUUUAGAGCUUAUGUUUUCCUUUAGUUUUAAGCUCAUCGAUUACGUAUUAUAUGAUAUAUUUGUGGCUGUCCUAUAUCUGAAGGGGUAGCUAAUGCAAAGAGCUUUAGACAAUUACUACAAAAACAUGUUGUUAGGGUAUAAUCUCGAUUCUCCGGAUUAAACAUUGCAAUUUGACAU